CCUUUAGCAACUUUCCCUGAAAAUUAGUUGGCAACACUGCCUGAAAAUAAUGAUUCAGUGCUGCAGACAGAGACUGAAGAGACAACAGUGUCAUUGUUCAGUUCAGUUCAGUUCAUCUCUGCUGGAAUGAGUUGAAUUCAUCAUUAAAACAGCUCUGUUUCAGCAGAUCUCGUCCAACAGCGUCAAACCGCCUCCAGGUGUGUCGCGCACGCGUCACGUGAUCUCGGGAACGCGCUCCGCAGGUAGAACAGGUAACACAUCUUUCUGCUUCAGGAAACACUUCAGAUCAAAAACAACAGCGAUGAGAAGACAUUAAACAUCACACUUCAUGAGGAACAGAUGUCAUGAUUGCAGACACAAAACACACAUUGAUCGCCUGAAACACUCAGACUGUGCUUGAAGUGCAGAGGCCUCACAUCUGUCUGUCAUUAUGGAGAUCAGAGAGAGAUCUUCAUCUCCAGAACCCAUCAGAGAGACUCUGAAGAGAGACAGAUCCAUGAAUCCUCCUGAAUCCAGUGAUGAUCCAGUGACCUCUGACCCCAGUGAGUCUGAAGAUGAUCAGACUGGAGGCCUGGAUUCUCUUCAACCAGUGAAUGAUGAACUACAGAGAGUCAAAGACCAGCUCAAAACCAUCAUGAAGUACAAGUAUGAGAGAUUUUUUGAGGGACUGAACCUCCAGGAGAAUGAAAGCCUCCUGAACAGGAUCUACACACAGCUCUACAUCAUAGAGGGAGAGAGUGAAGGAGUGAAUGAAGAACAUGAGGUUUUACAGAUGGAGAAAACAGCCAGAACACAACACUCACAAGACACUCCAAUCUACUGCAAUGACAUCUUUAAAGCCUCAGCUGAACCAGGAUGUGAGGAGAAAGACCAGAUCAAGACUGUUCUUACUAAAGGCAUCGCUGGAAUUGGAAAAACCAUCUCUGUGCAGAAGUUCAUUCUGGACUGGGCCGAGGGAAAAGCCAAUCAGGAUGUAGAUUUCAUGUUUGUGCUUCCAUUUCGAGAGCUGAACUUGAUCCGAGAUCAUCAGUACAGUCUUCACAGACUUCUGUUGGACUUUCAUCCUGAACUUCAAGAUCUGGACUCAAAGAUUUAUGAGGAGUGUAAAGUUGUGUUCGUCUUUGAUGGUCUGGAUGAAAGCAGAAUCACACUGAGGUUUUCAGACGCUCAGAAAGUUUGUGAUGUGACUGAGACUUCAUCAGUGGGUGUGUUGAUGUCAAAGCUCAUGAAAGGAGAGCUGCUUCCCUCUGCUCUCAUCUGGAUCACCUCCAGACCAGCCGCAGCCAAUCAGAUCCCCUCCAAAUACAUCAACCGCCUGACAGAAAUUCAGGGAUUCACUGAGCCUCAGAAGGAGGAAUAUUUCAGGAAGAGAAUCAGUGACCAGCAUCAAGCCAGCAGAAUCAUCUCACACAUCAGAAGAGCAAGAAGCCUCCACAUCAUGUGCCACAUCCCCGUCUUCUGCUGGAUCUCAUCCACUGUGCUUCAGAAGCUCCUGGAAGAAGAUCUGAGUGCAGAAAUCCCUCAAACUCUGACUGAAAUGUACAUCCACUUCCUGCUGAUUCAGAUCAACAUGAGGAACCAGAAGUAUGAAGAGAGAGAUCCAGAGAAACUCCUGCAGUCCAACAGAGAAGUGAUUGUGAAACUUGCUGAAGUGGCUUUCAAACAGCUGCUGAAGGGCAAUGUGAUGUUCUAUGAGGAGGACCUGAUUGAGAGCGGCAUAGACGUCACUGACGCCUCAGUGUAUUCUGGGAUUUGCACUGAGAUCUUUAAGCAGGAAUCUGUGAUUCAUCAGAGGAAAGUCUACAACUUCAUUCAUCUGAGCCUUCAGGAGUUUCUCGCUGCUUUCUAUCUGCUUUACUGCUAUUUAAUGAAGAACAAGGAGCCACUGUAUGAAUUCAGAUCUUACAGAUUUGAUGAAGACUCUCUGUAUGAUCUACUAACAUCAGCAGUAGAUAAAGCUCUUGAGAGUAAGAAUGGACGUCUGGAUCUGUUCCUGCGGUUCCUGCUAGGCGUCUCACUGGAGUCCAAUCAGAGACUCUUACAGGAUCUACUGACACACACAGAGAACAGCUCAGAGAACAUCAGAGAAACCACACAGUACAUUAAAGAGAAGAUCAAAGAUACAUAUGAUAUUUAUCGUCUCUCAGCUGGUGAAUCCAUCAAUCUGUUCCUCUGUCUGCUGGAAGUGAAAGAUCAGACUCUGUCCAGAGAGAUUCAGGAGUUUGUGAAAUCAGACAAACACUCAGAGAAACUCUCUCCUGCUCACUGCUCAACAAUCUCCUACAUGCUUCAGAUGUCAGAGGAGCCGCUGGAUGAGCUGAACACCAUGAAAUACAACACAUCAGAUGAGGGGAGAAGAAGACUGAUACCAGCUGUGAUCAACUGCAGAAAAGCUCUAUUUUCUGGCUGUGAUCUCUCAGAUCAGCAUUGUGAAAUUGUGUCUUCAGCUCUUCAAUCCUCAAACUGUGUCCUGAGAGAGCUGGAUCUGAGUAACAAUCACCUGCAGGACUCUGGUGUAAAGUUUAUUUCUGAUGGACUGAAGAAUCCAAACUGUCAGCUGCAGAUACUGAGUCUUGCUGGCUGUAAUCUCACUACUCAAUGUUGUGAGAGUUUGUCAUCAGCUCUACAAUCCUCAAACUCUGUCCUGAGAGAGCUGGAUCUGAGUAACAAUGACCUGCAGGACUCUGGUGUAAAGAUUAUUUCUGAUGGACUGAAGAGUCCAAACCGUCAGCUGCAGAUACUGAGGCUUGCUGGCUGUAAUCUUACUGCUCAGUGUUGUGAGAGUUUGUCAUCAGCUCUUCGAUCCUCAAACUGUGUCCUGAGAGAGCUGGAUCUGAGUAACAAUGACCUGCAGGACUCUGGUGUAAAGUUUAUUUCUGAUGGACUGAAGAAUCCAAACUGUCAGCUGCAGAUAUUGAGGUUGUCUGGCUGUAUGGUGUCAAAGGAAGGCUGUGGUUAUUUGUCUUCAGCUCUGAGUUCAAACCCCUCACACCUGAGAGAGCUGGAUCUGAGCUACAAUCACCCAGGAGAUUCAGGAGUCAAGCUGCUCAAACACAAACUGAAGGACUAUAAACUGCAGAUACUCAAUGUGGAUCAUGGAGGAGAGAUCAUGAUGAUAGCAGGACUGCGAAAGUAUGCCUGUGAUCUCACACUGGAUCCAAACACAGCACACACUCGACUCAUUCUGUCUGAUGAGAACAAGAGCAUCACAUGCCUGAGAGAUCAUCAGCCGUAUCCUGAUCAUCCAGAGAGAUUUGAUUAUGCUCUUCAGGUUCUGUGUGUUGAGAGUCUGACUGGACGCUGCUACUGGGAGACUGAAUGGAGCGGAGAUGAGGCUGAUAUAUCAGUGUCAUAUAAAGGAAUCAACAGGAAAGGAGGGAGUAAUGUCUGUGUGUUUGGAUUCAGUAACAAAUCCUGGAGUCUGUGGUGCUUUAAUAACAGAUUCACUGUCCAUCACAAUAAUAACAUCACUGAUAUACCUGCUGACCGUUCAUCCUCUAAUCGAGUAGGAGUGUAUGUGGACGUGUCGACCGGCUCUCUGUCCUUCUACAGCGUCUCUGACACACACACACUCACACACUUACACACAUUCAUCACCACAUUCACUGAACCCCUCUGUGCUGGAUUUGGGGUUUAUUCUGGUUUCUCAGUGUCUCUGUGUGAUAUUAAACAGCCUCCUGUGAGAAUCAUCAGUGAUCCACACGUCAGCAGGUGCUGUAACCUCAGAUCUUCUGGGCUCAGUAUUGAGCCUCUGCUGAAGUGUCAGGCUUGUGUUCAUAUAGCAGAUCCAGAUCAGUGGGUUCAGAUCGAGCCGUCGCUCCGUACAGAUGAAGGAGUGUCAAAGUUCAGGGUCAGCACUCGACCGGGCCGUUACGAGUGUGUCAGGACCAGGAUGAGAUGGGUCUGUGAUUGUAACGUGACUCUUCAGUAUCAAACUGUAGACGGUCGGUUCCUCAACGCAGAGCUGGAGAGACUGCAGAACAACCGAAUCGCUCCAGUGAUGGAUGUGACGGUGAUCUCAGGGAAACUGGAGGAAGCUCAUCUGCCACAUUACAUCUGUUUAGGAGAGUCUGAAGCUUCCCUCAGAGAUGCUGUGAAAGUCCUCAGCGUAGAAGAUGAGGGAAUAACUGUAGAACCUGUUCAGCUGACACGAUUCCAUGCCAAGAUACUCCAACCAUCCUUCUCUAUUAAAACAUUAAUAAUAAGCUGGAUAAUGGGAUGGAACGAACACUGCGAUAUUCUUCUCUUCAUGCGCCCUAAAGCUCCUCUCAUUCUACAUGUCUACCUUUUUCCAUUUGAUGAUGGUGCGAAAGAAAAAGUUAAGAAGGAGGAAGAGUCAAAUGUUUUGAUCCCACAUCCCAGACCUGACAGACCAUUUCGGAUGAAAACGCCACACGUUCUUGAUGUUCCUGGUGCUUCUGUCCAUCCCAAAGAAGGAUCACACUCAGAAGAGAAACUGACCCAAACUUCUUCAAGAUCAUCACACGUCUGGAGAACGAUCUUCUAAUGACUCUUAGAGAGGAGGACAGGGAGGAGGUUUGGACUGCAACACUUGUGAAAGAAGAGCUUGUUCAGAUUCAUCCACAGAGAGACGAGUCGCGUCUGAAGAGUGAGGCAGAUAAAGCAAGAUAUUUUGAUGAACACUGGUCAGAUCUCAUUCAGAAAGUUACAAAUGUUAAGAUCAUUGCCGAUAAACUUCUUCAGCAGCAACUCAUUCAUCAGGAACAAUAUUCAGAAAUCAAAGAGAGUUUAACCAGUCAGGACGGCAUGAGAAAGAUCUGUGACAUUGUACGUAAACAAAGUGAUGCUGUGAAAGCUGAACUCAUUUCAAUUCUUCAGGAAGAGAAGCUUUUCCACUUUUAAACAUUGGUCUGAUUCUACAUUUAGAGCUCAAAGAGCAUCUUUUUAAACUUCUUCAAAACCUCAGAAUGAAUGCUCAUCCUCUACAUGAUACAAGAAAAAGACUGCUUUAUCAAAAUAUGCUUGGUCUGCAAUGACAAAAAGUCUUUUAAAAUAUUAAAUGAUAGAAACAUUACAAAUAAAUAUUUUUUUGUAUGUUUAAGCAAGUCUUCAUGGCAGAUAAAUCAGUUCACUGUUAAAGCAAAUCUAUAGCAAUAAUGUUAUUUAUAUUUGUCUAAUUGUGUGUUUCAUGCUUGUUCAUGCUUUUAUACAUCAGCAGUUCAUCAACAUUUUGGAUUUUUAGUUUCAGUUUUAGUUUAGUUGUUUUACAACAUCAAGUUAAACUAAAUAAUGGAAUGAAAAUGAGAAAUGUUGCCUUGGGAACUGGCUGAAUUUAAUUUUUUAUAUUUUUUUAUGUUUUACUUUUUAUUUUAUAUAUAUAUAUAUUAUUUGAAGUAACAAAAUGUUUAAUGAUUUCAAUUUUAGGCUUAGUUAACUAUAACAACAAUAAUUAAUGUUGUAUUCUGUUCAGUCUAAUAAAUGUUCUUUUUUAACUUCACUUUUUAACCAAGAAUUUAACCAUUUUUGUAUAUUUCACUGAUGUUUCUCACAUUAUGUCCUGCCUGCAUUGCUUCUGUCACUUUCACACAGCCUGGAGAACUGCACAGGACCUUCUGGGACAGUCCUCAAAUUCAUUCUUAGAAGGAAUCAUUUAUGAUUUAAAAAAAAAAAAAGAAAUUAUGAAAAAAAUUAAUAAAUUAAUCAU